AUGCCUUCCAUACUCAUCACAGGAGCCGGCGGCUACGUCGGUCAAGAACUGGCUGCUGAAUUACUUCGCUCGUCAUCACCAGACACCACAGUCACACUCACCGAUGUCCAGGCACCACCAGCACCGGUCUCUGUGCCCGAGCAUGCCUCGCGUGUCAAGAGCGUCGCCGCCGACUUGACUUCGCCGCAGGUUGUGGACGAGCUGAUCAGCAAAUCGGCUCCGUAUGAAACCGUGUUUUUGCUCCAUGGCAUCAUGUCCAGCGGGUCCGAGGCCAAUUUCGAUCUUGGAAUCAAAGUCAAUCUCGACGCUACGCGCUACAUUCUCGAUCGAUUGAAGGCUACGACCCCCGGGGUUAAGGUGGUGUUUACAUCUUCACUCGCGGUCUACGGUCCUACAGAGUCUGGCUUUGUGAUCGACGAAACCAACCUCCCACCAGUGCCCCUGUCCUCGUAUGGAACGCAAAAGCUGAUUAUUGAGCUUUUGGUGAACGACUACUCCCGAAAGGGAUUCCUCGACGGUCGCUCGGUGCGGUUGCCAACGGUCACGGUGCGCGCGGGCAAGCCAACACAAGCCGCCAGCAGUUUCGUGAGCGACAUCAUCCGAGAGCCGUUCCAUGGCAAAAAGGCGAUCUUGCCUGUCGCACGAGACACCCCAGUCUGGAUCUGCUCCCCAUAUACCAUUGUGAAGAACCUGCUGCACGCUCGCGAGGUGCCCAAGGAAGCCUUUGGCGACUCGCGAUCCGUCAACCUGCCGGGAUUGCUGGUCACCGUUCAAGAAAUGCUCGACGCGCUGGAGAAAGUCGGCGGUGCCGAGAAGAGGGCGUUGGUGGAGGACAAGUAUGACGCCGAUAUCGACAAGAUUGUGCAGAGCUGGUCGCCAUUGUUCGACAAUGCUCGUGCCCGACAGCUGGGAUUCUCGGAUGACAUUCCGUUUAUCGAGAACAUCAAGAAAUUCGCAAGCACAUUUGCAUAG